UCGGGGGCGUGGCCACUUAGGGAUCGCCGGAAUCUAGCCACCAUGCUAACCGAGUAGGUCCAGUGUAAACAGAUUCACCAGCUCAUGGCGCUUUAAGCAGCUCCUUCUUUUUUAAAGAGUGUCGCUCAUUGUUACAGCUGACACCGAUACAUAUAAUGGAUGUGAGAGCCGUCGCUUGAGGAUCGCUGUUUUUCUUUUGCCGGGAGGAGCCGCUUACUGGGAGAGCUAGCGCGGCCAUCACGCGUGCGAGCAGCACAACAAACGACAUGGAGAAGGCUGAUUUCUUAAAGGGACUUCCAGUCUACAAUAAAAGCAACUUCAGCAGGUUCCAUGCAGACUCUGUUUGUAAAGCAUCUAAUCGAAGGCCCUCCGUGUACCUUCCCACGCGUGAAUACCCCUCCGAACAGAUUAUUGUAACAGAGAAAACAAACAUCCUCCUGCGUUACCUUCAUCAGCAGUGGGACAAAAAGAAUGCAGCAAAGAAAAGGGAACAGGAACAAGGUGAGGGGGACAGCCCGGCACCCCCAAGGAAGAUCGCCAGGACAGAUAGCCAAGAAAUGAAUGAGGAUUCAUAAAAAAGUGUGUGUGUAUGUGCUCGUAUGAGAGAUUACAUUGUGUAUCUGGAUACACAGGGUGUAGCCGAUGUAAAAUAACAAAAACAAUGGAUAAUCCCACCUGAAUAAAAACUUAUAGCCAAUCUGCACAAUAGCAGGAUGCAUUUCCUGGCAUGGAGGGAAGUCAUUCUUGGAGAUUUUGGGGGAAAUGCCAUCAACAAAGGUAAAGAUUUAGUAAAAAGAAGAAGAAAAAAAAAAAAAAGAAGUAAAUAAUGAAAACAAACCUAAUCUUUCCGGCUUUGCCAGUAAAUGGAUGUAAGUUUUAUCCAGGUGUUGACUAUUCCCUGUGUGGAUCACUAUACGUGUACGUGUUUGUAAGCAUGCUGAGCUGUGAGUGCAUCGUGUGUGUGUGAGGCGAGUGAACAGUCAGGAGUGAGUAGAGGGACUGGCCUGACGGAGAAAAGUCAGAUACUUCUUUAAAAACACACAAACAAACUAUAACUGGUGUAGCCUUCUGUGAUCUGGAGAGUCUGCUCUGAUCUGUGUGAACAUUUUUGUUACCGUUAUAAUUUGAUUCUAACUGUUGUGUAUUGCGACGAGCUUCCUGCCAGCCACAGUGCCCACCCUCUCAGUUUCACUGCCCCCCCCUGCAGCCACAAGGGGGCACCGCAACACUUCUCUACACUCUGAAUCUACAGAACAAGAGUGCACUGUGAUGGGGAGCACAAGCAGAGCCAACUCUUGCAGAAUAACAUCCCCCCACCCCCACCCCAAUCCACCCCCCCCCCCCCUGCAAAAUGUGCAUUUGAGGUGAAUUUUCAUAUCAGCAUUUUAUUCUGCCACUUUUUAAAGUAGAAUAAAUGUGUUGGUGUGUCCGAGAAUCAGAUAACAAGACGAGCACCAUCCUCUGGCUCAUCCGGGUUUGAAAAUGUGGGAUUUUCUCAAGAUUUUAGAUCUGCUUUUAGAAAAAUAUACACAUAGGAAAAAAAAGAUGAUCGAAAAAUAGAAGAUGAAAGAUUGAAUUUUCAGUUAUGAACAGCCCAUUCGAUGUUGCCUAAAAACUACCACGACUAGAAUUAGUUGAUCCAGUUGAACAUCUUCACGUGUUGAAGAAAACAUCCUGGUGGAUACAAAUAAAGAAGACUUUUAUGACAAUAAAGAUGAGCACCCCCGAUACUCGGUGGAUGGGAUCCCACCCGGUCCAGUUAACCUCGUCACAUCUGGAUGUGACCUUUCCAGGGUCGGGUUUAAACUUUAAGCCGUGGUGUGACUUGAGAAGGCAUCAGUCUAAACUCUAGAGGCCUUACAACAUGUCAUCAUGGUUUGGACUCGUCGCCUGAGUUAGCUGCACGUCCAUCUGAGUGUGACAAUCCUGCAACAUCUCAGUCUCCGAGUCGGCACAGAUCACCACACAGGGGUGGGGGGUUGAAGGGGUGUCGUAUUUCCCUCUACAAUACCCAGUCAGCAUACACCGCCUUGUUUCUCAGAUUCAGUUUGUAUCUGUGUCAAAAUGCAACACAGUUUGUUUUUUUUGUUUUCUGUUCUUAUCACUGCCCAGCACCGUCGCUCAGAAGCCUCCCGUGGUUUCAGCGGCCGAUGGUUCGGUGAGGGUCGACAGUGUGGUUUCUGCCUACAGUGUAAAUACCCCGGUUGUUUUUUUUUGUUGUUUUUUGUUUUUUUUCUAAAUUAUACAAACAUGUUACGCUUCUGCUCUGAUAGACUGUUCAACUACACCCUAAGCCUUGCCAUGUUUCGUGUGUUAGAUCAGAUGUUCUUUUUGGCUUUGCUCAAAUAAACCUCUAUUUAAACUGGAUGGUUGUCCUGUGGUGCUGAGGAUGCAGGUUUCCGUCACCGCGGCGACGGGCUGCCCUGAACACCAGGGCCUCCAAUAAGCCUGAUAUCUCUAAAUCUGCUCAAACUGUCUCGUGUGGAGUAAAAAUAUUUCUGCAACAAGGGUGACGCGACUAGAAUUCUUUAAACUUGCCUAAUUUUAUUGCCAUUAUACAAAAACUAAGACAUUUUCCUGAAGCAAGGUUGUAUUUUCUAUUUAAGAAAUAAGCAUUUCAGUACCGUAGUUUUUUGACAGAAUCAAAUAUACACAUACAUGCA